AUGGUAGGUGUUUUUGUGGAGCUCCCGACUCUCUCGUGCACCGACUUCCUGAUUGUUCCAGACCUGAAGUUCAGCAAGCUCGAGCUGAUGCAGAGGUCCCCCAAGAUUUCCUCGACGAGCUACGUCAGCAUGCAGGCGAGCCUGGGUAUGUUGAAGGCACCUAUGGAUAUGCUUGUGCUGAUCGUUAUCCUCGACGGCCAAGGACCCACAGUUCUUGAUGAGGCUUGUCAGGAACCUGAGCAGAUGGCAGCCUGCUUCCUCAGGGACGAUGACGCUAGCAUGGAGGUCGCCAUCGAUGGCUCGUGCACCAAGCCGCCCAUCAAGGAAUUCCAGCGCGCAGGGUGGAGCCUCGCCUUGCUCGACCCCCGCUCAGACAGGCCGCUGGCGACCAUGCGCGGAGCAGUACCUGCAUCCUUGCCCCAGGAGCCGGCCGUCGGAGAGCAUCUGGCGUCGGCGUACGUGUCGCAGGUUGCGGACCGACCCUGCGCCGUCCACGCCGACUUCAAGGGCGUCAUCCACCUGGGCAACAAGCAGAAGGAGCUGCAGCUGAAGGCCAGGACCCCCUAUGCGUGCAUCGCCCACUUCGCGCAGUCGCUCGACGGCUUCAAGCACGUGCAGCAGUGCGCCCACGUCAAGGCGCACCGCUCAGGGGACGAGUACGCGGCGCUCUCCGACAGCCAGAGGAGGCUCACGGACGCGAACAUCGUGGCGGACCUCAGGGCCAAGGAGGCAGCGGCGAUCCACCCCGCCCCCGAGCAGAAGGUAGUCGAGGAGAUGCAGAAGGCCGUCGGCAGGAUCAACCAGAUUGCGAAGCUGGUUGCCCACGUCAUGCCCAUCUUCGACAAGGACGACCAGAUCAGGUGGACCAGGAGGGCACCGACCUUGCGGCGGGCAGCGAGCACGAGGAAGGCAACCUGGCACCAAUGGCAAGAUGGCGAGCUGGGCGUGCAGUGCUCCACCUGCCUACAGCUGCACACGCCUGGGCAGCCGCUCCCCCUCACGGGGUGCCCUGGGGCGCCCACCUUCCUGCUGGGCCAUCGGCGCAACCCCAGCGGCCACAAGCUGGUCGCGGUCAACCAGAAGGGCACCUUGGAGAGCGGCGCGCAGGACACCUACAGGCCAGUGUUCAUCUGCCGGCGCAAGGCCAAGUUGCGGCAGCCAUGCGCAGCUGCCACCGCCAAGGGCCUCGAGGUCCUCAACAACCUGAGGCGCGGCGUCGGUCCCUUCAAGAAGCUGAAGAGGUAUAUCGACCGCGCCGCCCCACUUCGACGGCUGGAGGCGACGAGCGAGGCCCGCGCCACCUUCACGAAGGUCGACAUCUUCAGCGGCACGGACGCGGCGGCGCCCGCGGCAGGCUUCGAGAGCAGGAUGGCCGCACUUCAUCAACGAGAGAUUUCCAGCAGGAGGCAGUUCGCGGAGCUCGAAGGGAUAGGCGUGCUGGGGCACGACUUCGGGGAGCUCAAGGAGCUGCUGCUGCUGGUGGGCCCAGCGCCGCCGCCAGCUCGGGGCGUCUCCUCCUCGGCCGCGGCGGACGUCGUGGAGCACAUCGCGGAGCGUGCUGCUGCUGGGGCUGCUGGCGCUGGGGCGCCGCGCGGCUCGGUGGCGACCUUCGACGGCUCGGGCGCGCUGGACAACCAGUACGUGGACGCGCUGGGCGACGACGAGCACGACACCGAGGCUGCAGCAGCUGAGGAGGCGCUCGGCCUGGUGACGGACUGCUUCGACGGCUCGGCCGCGCUGGACGUCCAGGUCGGGGGCGCGCUGGGCGACGGCGAGCGCGACGCCGAGGCUGCAGCUGCUGCGGAGGCGCUCGGCCUGGCGAUGGACCUCGACAGCUCGGGCGCGCUGGACGACGGCCUCCUGGGCGCGCUGGGCUUCGGCGCCGAGGCUGCUGCUGCUGGGGAGGCGGGCAGCUCGCUGGCGGUCGUCGACGGCUCGGACGCGCUGGACGUCGACACCGAGGGCGCGCUGGGCGACACCGAGCACGACGCGGAGGCGCCCCACGGAAACCUACCACUUUUGACUGAAAAUGGUAGGUUUUGCCCUGCUGUGGCGCCGGCUCGCCCCCCUGCCGUCGACCGCGUGGGCGCGCUGGGCGACGCCGAGCACGACGCCGAGGCGGCUGCGGGGGCGGCGAGCGACUCGGCCGCGGCCGUCGACGCCUCGGACGCGCUGGACGGCAACGCCGCGACGGCGCUGGGCUCGCUGGGCUUCGCCGAGCGCGUCGCCCGUCUCCUGGCGGCGGCUGGCGCGCGAGAGCAGCAGGCCCCAGGCGCGGCCGCCCCCAGCCUGGGCGAGCGCGACGGCGCCAGCGCCUUGGCCGCGCUGGAGGGCAGCGGGCGCGGCGCCGAGGCGGCCGCAGAUGGGGCGGUGCGUGGGCCGACUGCCACGUACCCCCCUCAGCGCCACGGGCAUGCCUGGGAAAGAGUCCCCGCCCUCGGCGAUUGGCCAGGGCCCUGGGAUCUUCGGGCCGCACCGAGCGUUCGAGGGCAAGGACGUGGGCACGGCGGCGCCUUGGACGACCGCGUGGCCGCGCUGGACGGUGGCCGCCGCGCCCCGCUGGGCGACCUCGAGCACGACGCCGAGGCUGCUGCUGCUGGUGCAUCGCCGCGGGCGGCUCGAGCCAGCGCCGACUCCGUGGAGUCGAAGGCGGGCGCGGAGGCCAGGGCAGCCGAGUUCAAGAAGCUCGUCGCGCAGUUCGGCGGCGGGCGGCAGGCGCGGAGGACGUGA